AUGAAAAUGUUGCUUAAUUUAAAUUUUCCAAUAACGACAAUAUUGUUUUGUAGUAUUGUUUGGUCAUCAACAGGAUCAAUUCCAAAAUGUGGAAGCAAUACAAAUUGUUGCAAAACUGUUGUUGAGCUUAUUAAUGCUGGUUUUAGUAAUAACCAAAUAAAUAUUAUGACAGCAAUAGCCUACUAUGAAAGUACUUGGGGUACACGUAUGGGUCCGAAUAACAAUCAAGAUAAUAGUACGGAUAAUGGUUUAUUUCAAAUUAACAGUUAUUUAUGGUGUAGUUCAUCAGGACAACAAAAUGAUUGUUGUUGUCCAGGAACAUCGCCGAAAUGUCGAAGAAACUCAACACUGCGUACAUGUAAAUGUGGAUGUGAUUUUAGUUGUUCAGAAGCAUUAACAAAUAAUAUUUUAAAUACAAAAUGUGCUGCAACUAUUCUUACAAAACAAGGUUAUACAGCGUGGGCAGGCUAUAAUUCACAUGCAGCUGAAUGCAAUGCAUACGAUACAUUUAAUGGAGAAUGUUCGUCUGGAAGUUGUUGUUCAGAUAUAUAUCCAGGUUCCGUUUGUUGUCCAGUAUCUGAUCCUAGUAAACAAGGCUGUUGUCCUUCUACACAUAAAGUCUGUUGUCCGGCACCUUUUCAAAAUGAUUGUUGUUCUUCAGAAUAUCCUGUAUGUUGUGGCUACGGUUGUUGUCCACUAGGAACAUAUUGCUGUGGAAACAAUCAAUGUUGUCGCCAAAUCAGUAGUAAUGGUAAAGCAUUGAACCAAGUUGUAACACAAGCUACAUUGAAUGCUAAACAUUUGAGUUAA